UUCUGUUGUUCAUGAGGGUUCUGUGUGAGAAAUGUGGCUCAAUUCUAUCGUUGGUGGGGUUCAGAGUGCACUUUGAUUGUAGGUGAACUAUAAAUUCCAGCAACAACAACUCCCAAAUGUCAAGGUCUAUUUUCCCCAAACUCCACCAGUGUUCACAUUUGGGCAUAUUGAGUAUUCAUGACAAGUUUGGCCCAGAUCCGUCAUUGUUUGCAUCCACAGUGCUCUCUGAGUAGUGAAUUACUAGUCCAAUACUCAAGGUCAGUGCCCACCAGUAUUUUCUGUUGGUCAUGGGAGUUCUGUGUGCCAAGUUUGGUUCAAUUCCAUCAUUGGAGGAGUUCAGAAUGCUCUUUGAUAGUAGGUUAACUAUAAAUCCCAGCAACUACAACUCCCAAAUGACAAAAUCAAUCCCCCAGUAUUCAAAUUUGGACGUCUCGGAUAUUUGUGCCAAAUUUUGUGCAGUGAAUGAAAAUACAUCCUGCAUAUCAAAUAUUUACAUUGCAAUUCAUAUCAGCAGCAAAAUUACAGUUAUUAAGUAGCAAUGAAAAUAAUGUUAUGGUUGGGGUCACCACAACACGAGGAACUGUAUUAAGGGGUCAUGGCACUAGGAAGGUUGAGAAACACUGGACUACUCGGUCCUGUGUUUAGACGAUUGUCACCAGUGGUUUUCUAGAAUGCAAUGUAAAAGACGUAUUUCUAGAAUGCACUUGAGAUUCUCGUGUGUCUGUGGGCUAGAGAAAAAUAGUAAAGAAGACCUCCAUAACCAUAGAAUACAUAUCUGUGGUUUCACUAGCCUGUGUCCAGGGUUCAAAUGGUGUGUCUAGGAAUUUUCUAGGUCCUCCAAGUGAUUCUAUGGUAUACUUCUCCCAGAAGUUUCUAUAGAAUUGUGUUGAAGGACCUAGCAAAUUCCUAGAGAAUAUCCUUCUCUAAGUCCACUAGAACUCAAUGGUAUGCUACUGGUACUGUAAGUGAGAUCAUUAGUGGUGCUUGGUUGCACCUGCGCUUUCAUAUAAUUUUGGUUUGACCAGGAACAUAUCCCCCAUGGAUCUAGGGGUCUUAGGCGCCUUCCAGCUAUAUAAAAUCCACAUUGAACUGGAUUAUAUGGCAGUGUGACUCAGAUAACACAGUUUAAAGCAGAUAUUGUGGAUUAUUUGUCUUGAUAUUCUGUGUUAUAUGGCAAUGUGGAAGGGACCUUACUGCCAUGACAUAAUAAUUUCCUUUCAGUCUUUCGGUUUAACUUUUAAAGGUAGAUUGAUUUUCAAGUCUUCUUUAGUUUGUGGACUAAAUACCCAAAGACAUCAGCUCUUUUCUGAUCUUGGAAGUAAAGCAGGGUCUGGCUCAAGUGACCACAGAAUGAAGGACUGGGCAAAAAUACGAAUAUUGCUGUUGGUGUGGGGAUUAUGGUACCUGGCAGCGGUGCAAGAGGGAGCUACUGCACCUGCUGCCUUCUUGUUCCCCAGCGUGGAGAGACUGUUCCAGGACACUAAAAAGUUCGUGGACGAGAAAAAUGAGAACAAUGAGGAGAGAACGCACCAGAAUUUUAUGAAGAUAAUUGAGGACAGCCUGGAAGUUUUGGGGAAAGAAAAAAUGGAUCUUCCUUCGGGUUUCAACAAGCUGAAUUUAGACUACCACAGUGAGAAGAAACGUCAGAAGGCAAAGAAUGCCACUCUGUAUAGCCAGCAGGAAGUCAUGAAAGUGACAGAUAAUCAUACUGUUAAUAUAUUGUACUCAGAAGAAAUUAUGACCUCCAUUAAACAGGUAGACGCUCAAGUUGAAGAGGAAAAGGUCAGUAUGAAUGCAGGAAGGUGAUGUCACUAGUCAUUUUUCACAUCGAGUUAGGCUGUGUCAUUGCAUGAAUAGCGUGGAUGAUGUGGGAUGCUCUAUUAGGCUCUGGAGGUUCUUCUGUGAUCUGUGCUAAGUUGGCAUGCCAACUUUCUGUGUUGAUUGC